GGCAGUUGUGAGCGGACAAGCAACACGGCGGGAUGGAAGACUCCCUCAUCCUCUCCUUGUGCUUUAUGGCGCUUGUGAUCACCGCCACCACAGGUGCGAGUCGUAUUGUGUUUCCUGUUAGUGUGGCUCUUGAGGAAGGGGACACGUGCACCUUGCAUUCAGGUGUGUCAGGCAGGUGUGUGGACAUCCGUCACUGUGACUAUACUGACGUGAACUUUCGCCAAAAUCAGCCAAUCAGGUGUGGCUUUAACGGUAUAUUUCCUGUCGUCUGCUGUCCGACUACCUCGGGUGCAGGGCCACAGCCGGUAACAGACAUCGCUCCUCCCCAAGUUUCAUUCUCAUGUGGGAGAACAGAUCUCGGGAUUGCAGCGAGUUUUGCUGUAGGAAGUGAAAGAGCAGACCUGAACGCAUGGCCCUGGAUGGCACUAAUUGGUGAGCAGAGGGGUGGAAAUAAGAAUUGGUUUUGUGGGGGAGUGCUGAUCAACGAGCAGUGGAUCCUGACUGCCCUUCAUUGUUUCUUCUUUAAGAAGGCAGACGUGGUGCGUCUGGGUGAGGACGACCACAUGGAUGACAACGACGGGGCACUUCACCAAGACUUUGGUGUGGCAGAGAUGAUUAUGUACCCUGGGUAUACUCAUCCAGAGGAGUACCAUGACCUGGCUCUACUUAGACUGUCUUCGAGGGUGGAAAUACUCGUAAAGAAUUUCAUCAUUCCUGUGUGUCUUCCGUGGGGGGAAGAGAGUGAAGUGGACAUCACGGAACAAACAGCGACGCUCAUUGGCUAUGGUGAUACUGUAUCAGGCGGUCUACCAACCACUUUUCUACAGCAAGUGAACGUGACAGUGUUUUCAUCUGCCAAGUGUGACUCUAGUUAUUCCAUCUUGCCAAAGUACAAUACCAGCUGGCCCCGGGGCAUUGGGGAAGAGACCCUGUGUGCCGGUGAUCUUGACGGAGGGAAGGACGCUUGCCAGGGUGACUCUGGCGGGCCUCUUGUAACUAGGAACAAAACUGGAAGGUAUGUGUUGGCAGGCAUAGUGUCCCAAGGCAACGGAUGUGGCACCAAGAAUUUUCCAGGACUAUACGGCAAUACGCGUUACCCACCAUAUCUUGCCUGGGUUAAGAAAGUCGCUUUUACAGUCUAAUGAAUGUAAAAGAUAUGUUAUACCAUACUUUUACGAUAAUGAAUUACCAAUAUGGAUGAAAAUAUAGUAAGCCAGAGAAACAAUAAUUCGUCAUCGUUAUAUGUACAGUAUUACCAAACUCAUUAUUAUCAAUCUCAUGAUAUCGAUGCGAGCAAAAGCUUUUCCAAUCUUUUCGCUGCUUUUGGCUCGUACAAAACCAUUACUUAAAGAGAGACAGAAGAAUAAAUUUAUUAAUCAAUUAAUACUUUGUUACAAAACCAACAUUUUUAUUAAUUUUUGUGUUUGUUCUGACGUUUUAUGAUGUAUUUAGUAUUAAAGUCAUUGAUAACGCAAAAGCUAUUUUUUUCCAAUCUGUCUAAAAGAGUAGUACUCAUAGUCUUAUAAAUCAAACUGUUAUAAUAACAUGAAAGACUUGGCUGUUCAACGAAACUCUUAUGGUAACUUGUAAAGGAAGAAAAUGUCUCUAAGUGAAUGAAAAUUAUUUGCAUUGUGUGAAUACUUUUGAUGAAACAUUCACCGUUCAUGAAAAUACAUAUAUAGUAGCUUUAGGGAAGGAAAACUGUGCAGUGUCAGGAAAUAUCCAUAGAUGGGAAAGGAAAUACGUCUUCAGGUAACACAAGAUAAACAGAGAGGCACAAGUUCACUAAAAAUGUGAAAAAAACUUUUUCUUUUAUCAGCCAAACAUCACAUAUCUUGCGCAGUUGACAAAAAAAAAAAAAAAAAAAAAAAUGCAUUUAUCACCAUCAUCAUCACCAAACUGAACUACCGUUGCUUGGUGUCCUUGGGCCUCUACUUACAUUACUAUUCUAUUGGAGGAAGAAAUCAUGUAUCUCCGUCAAAGCCUGCAAACCAGAAAAAAAAACUUACCAUUUAUUAAGGUUGAUCUUUAGGAGCGUUAAAAGUAAAAGUAUAUUUAUGAUACUGAAGUUGUAAUAUGUACUAAUCAGAGCUCACCUUGAACACACUAUACAGUUCUAGUCCUCGUUUUACCAAAAGAGGGUAGUGACCUGUUAUUCACUUUACAGGUGAGUCUAGAUAUAUACGAGAGAUGCGAAACAUUCCUUACGAAAGAAAAUUACAGGUGAAUAUCAAUAUGGAUAUUCAUUACUUAUUUCUGUUAAAUACUGUUAAAAUUUAAUGGUGUUUAUAAUUAAUUGAACUAAAUUUAUAACGAAGCUAGUUUUAGGUUAGGUUAGGUUAGGAUAUUGAAGGCACAAAAGUUUCCAUUUCAGAUAAGAGUAACUUCUUUUAGUAUUUAAACAUUACUUAAAAGAAAUGUUGCCUCAGUAUCAUAAAUCAAACUGUUCGUUUAUGAAACAUUUAUAAACUAUAUGCGGUGACAAACAA